AUGGCGAGAGAGGGCAAGGGACUGGGCGCUGGCAUACCAGACAAGGGCGUCGAAGUGCAGCUGCUGCUGUUCGAAUCGUUCGGCGGGUUCGGAAAGGGGGUCCGUGAGAUCCUCCGGAGAGCGGCGGACGUGCUACAGAACAAGCUGACGCGGGCCCAGUACCUCGAUGAGGUGACUUGGACCACCAAGAGCUGGCUGGGGCUGCAGAAGCAGCGCAUCUCAGUCGUUCUUCACACGGCCAUCGCAGAGCAGGUCGUGAAUGAGCUUGCCUGUGGCGGGGGUGGGCGGGUGCACGGAGCUAAGUGCCUCGCCACCCUCGCAGGAGUCGCUUAG